AUGGAUUCCGACGAUGAAGACUCUCUCUUUGGCUCACCGCCAAUGUCGCCGACGAGGCAGCCGAAUGAAAACACGAUUGGUACUUUGAGAGACGAAACUCCUCUUACUCUACCCAGAACAGAGUUAUCCUCAUCGCCAGUGGCUGAUGUGGAGACCUUCGCGAGCUCUUCUCCGACGCAUGGCCAGUUGGCUAUGCCGGCCUCACUUCAAGACGCCCGUGAGGCUCCUGCACGCGCUUCAGGCUUCGACAACACCUUUACACCCACCGCCAUUUAUCCACUUGCUGAUCAGCGAGCACAAGUAGAAAUGGAUCAGUCUAGACCGCCAGUGUACAGCUCGCAGAUAUUGGAGGCCCUCAGGAACACUACGGGCCCCGUUCGUCUCAUUCCGACUUUGCCCACGAGUGCUCCAUUCACCCCUGCGACUGUAGCGGAUACCACAUCCGCUUCGCUAUUAUCCCCAAAUCACAGCUUUAUCCAGCAAACCGAAUAUUCUACUCCAUUGAACGCUGUUGCAGGAAGCUCACCUCAUGACUCUGUUGCCAGCAACGACGCGGUGGCGUCGAACUACGCCGCCGCUCACGGUCUGAAGAAGUGUACCAAGUGCAAAAAAGACAAACCGCUAUCAGAUUACGAGUACAUGAGUCCCAUGGGACAUCAAGUGCCUCGUUCUCAAUGCGCCGACUGUCGAGAGAAGAGACGCGUCUCAGCUGCGCAUGCCAAGAUCAAGAAGGAUGGAAUUCGAGCCCAGGCUCGACUCCAGGCACAAUACACACAGCAGCGACAGCACCAGCGGCAAGCUUCGGGAGGGUCUCAUGGCCUGGCUACUCAGACGAAUUUCUUGUAUCCCCUUGGCCUUAGUGCGACGACGUUGUCACCCGUCCCAGAUGGCAACGCCGACACGAUCGUCCAGGACCCGUCCAUGACAACUUUGUUUAGGCACAUGCCCAUGUAUCUGUCCCCUACGACCUUUCCAGAUCUUCAAUAUGAUGGACUCCCAAAUCUUCCGGGUCCCGAAGGAUGCCGUUCAGUUGCAACUUUUGGCCCGUCUACUCCCCCCUCAUUGAUGGUCCCUGCCUUCUCUGGCCUGUCUUUUGAUAGCUCUCCUGCUGGUACACAGAUGAGUCGAGAUCUCGAGAUGCUUGAGUCGGACUUGACACAUGCUGCCAAUCACACGUCGUCACGAUUACCGUCACCCAGCUCCGUCUUACCACUUGAUCCGACCGCAGAGUCGAUUGCUGUCCAAGAGCAGCCGCAGCAGCUGACAAACAGCUGCCCUCAUGGCACCCUCGUCACUGUCCAGAUUCUCCCAGUGAGCCUGGCCGAGGCAGAUAUAGACCUGCUCCUCAACCAAGAGAUGGAGAGGUUCCGCUAUGGCCGCAAUAAUUGUCGCUGGCUGAAGAAACAGGACGAGGCAACUGUGAAGAAAUGUUGGCGGAGACGGGAGGCGGCGAUUGUUCUCGGACUCGUCGAAGUGCCCCCUCCCAACUUGCAGCCCAGGAUUGGAUUUGUCUACUCCGAAGGCUCGCAUGAUAUUGUGCCAGGCGGUAAUGAUGAUUACGAGGAAGAUAAUUGA